AUGGAGGAGAUCGGCCACCACUUCGGGCUGGGAGCCACCGCCCACGGACAGCACCACAGCCAGCUCCCAUGGGGCUCUUCGCCGCUCAGCGCCGUCAUCGCGCCGCCCCCACAGCAACAGCAGCAGCAGCAGUCCGCCGGCUAUCUGGCGCACAGCCCUCUCUCCCUGAACACGGCGCCGCCCAGUGGAAGCCACGGCGGCGGCACCGGGUGUAGCAACCCGGUGCUGCAGCUGGCCAACGGCAGCCUCCUGGAGGCGUGCGCCAAGGCGGCCAAGGAGCCGUCGUCGUCGUCCUACGCCGCCGACGUCGAGGCCAUCAAGGCCAAGAUCAUCUCCCACCCCCACUACUCCUCCCUCCUCGCCGCCUACCUUGACUGCCAGAAGGUGGGGGCGCCGCCGGAGGUGUUGGCGAGGCUGACGGCGGUGGCGCAGGACCUGGAGCUGCGACAGCGCACGGCGCUCGGCAGCCUCGGCACCGCGACGGAGCCGGAGCUGGACCAGUUCAUGGAGGCGUACCAUGAGAUGCUGGUGAAGUACCGGGAGGAGCUGACGAGGCCGCUGCAGGAGGCCAUGGAGUUCCUGAGGAGGGUGGAGACGCAACUCAACUCCCUCUCCAUCUCCGGCAGAUCGCUGCGCAAUAUCCUUUCCUCCGGCUCUUCCGAGGAAGAUCAAGAAGGCAGCGGAGGAGAGACAGAGCUUCCUGAGAUUGAUGCCCACGGCGUGGACCAGGAGCUGAAGCACCAUCUCCUGAAGAAGUACAGUGGGUACCUGAGCUCCCUGAAGCAAGAGCUGUCAAAGAAGAAGAAGAAAGGGAAGCUCCCGAAGGAUGCUCGCCAGCAGCUCCUCAGCUGGUGGGAGAUGCACUACAAGUGGCCUUAUCCCUCGGAGAGCCAGAAGGUGGCGCUGGCCGAGUCGACGGGCCUGGACCUGAAGCAGAUCAACAACUGGUUCAUCAACCAGAGGAAGCGCCACUGGAAGCCGUCGGACGAGAUGCAGUUCGUGAUGAUGGACGCGUACCAUCCCCCUAACGCCGCCUUCUACAUGGACGGCCACUUCGUCAACGACAGCGGGCUCUACAGGUUCGGCUAG